GCGAGGUGGACAGUCAAGCCGCCUAGGAUGAGGAGGUGCGGCCGCCACUCGGGGCCGCCGUCGCUGCUGCUGCUACUUCUGCUGCUCCCGCCGCUGCUGCUCUCGGUGCCCGGCGCUUACGCGGCCCGGCUCUCGGUGCUCUACUCGUCCUCUGAUCCACUGACGCUGCUGGAUGCGGACACCGUGCGCCCGGCUGUGCUGGGAUCCAGUAGCGCCUGGGCGGUGGAGUUCUUCGCCUCCUGGUGUGGCCAUUGCAUCGCCUUCGCUCCGACGUGGAAGGAGCUUGCUAACGACGUGAAAGACUGGAGGCCAGCACUAAAUCUUGCUGUCCUGGACUGUGCUGAUGAGACCAAUAGUGCUGUCUGCAGAGAGUUCAACAUCGCCGGCUUCCCCACUGUGAGGUUUUUUAAGGCCUUUUCCAAGAACGGUACUGGAACAGCAUUGCCAGCCGCUGGUGCUAAUGUGCAGACGCUGCGUAUGAGGCUCAUCGAUGCUCUGGAGUCCCACCGUGACACGUGGCCCCCAGCAUGUCCACCCCUGGAGCCUGCCAAGCUGAAGGAUAUCAAUGAAUUCUUUACAAGAAGUAAAGCAGAGUACCUGGCCCUGAUCUUUGAAAGGGAAGACUCCUAUCUGGGUAGAGAGGUAACUCUGGACCUGUCCCAGUUCCAUGCUGUGGCAGUGCGCAGGGUCUUGAAUUCAGAGAGCGACGUGGUGAGCAAGUUUGCUGUCACUGACUUUCCAUCUUGCUACCUGCUGCUUCGGAAUGGUUCUGUUUCCCGAGUGCCUGUGCUGGUAGAGUCCAGGCCUUUCUAUACAUCCUACCUGCGGGGGCUCCCUGGACUGACCAGGGAGGCUCCCCCAACCACAGCUGCACCAGUCACUCCUGAUAAGAUAGCACCCACAGUGUGGAAGUUUGCAGACCGCUCCAAGAUCUACAUGGCUGACCUGGAGUCUGCACUACACUACAUCUUGCGUGUAGAAGUGGGAAAGUUCUCAGUUCUGGAGGGACAGCGCUUGGUGGCCCUGAAAAAGUUUGUGGCAGUAUUGGCCAAGUACUUCCCUGGCCAGCCUCUGGUCCAGAACUUCUUGCAUUCCAUAAACGAUUGGCUUCAGAAGCAGCAGAAAAAGAAGAUUCCCUAUAGUUACUUCAAAGCCGCUCUGGACAGCAGGAAGGAGAACGCUGUCCUUGCUGAGAAGGUGAACUGGAUUGGUUGCCAGGGCAGUGAGCCACAUUUCCGGGGAUUCCCCUGCUCCCUGUGGGUCCUCUUCCACUUCCUGACUGUGCAGGCACACCGAUACAGUGAGGCCCACCCACAAGAACCAGCUGACGGCCAGGAGGUCCUGCAAGCCAUGCGAAGCUAUGUGCAGUCCUUCUUCGGCUGCCGAGACUGUGCCAACCAUUUUGAGCAGAUGGCUGCAGCAUCCAUGCACCAAGUGAAAAGUCCCAGUAAUGCCGUUCUCUGGCUCUGGACGAGUCACAACAGGGUCAACGCUCGCCUCUCGGGUGCUCUGAGCGAGGACCCCCAAUUCCCCAAGGUGCAGUGGCCACCCCGUGAGCUGUGUUCUGCCUGUCACAAUGAAGUCAACGGACAAGUGCCUUUGUGGGACCUCGGUGCCACCCUCAACUUUCUCAAGGCUCACUUCUCCCCAGCAAACAUCGUCAGAGACCCUCCUGCACCUGGACCAGCAUCCCGGAGGGGCACCCAGGAUCCAGAAGCUUCCCCCAACCUGGUAAUGGAUACAUUAAAACUGGAGACCGGGAAUUCAGUGCUGGGCCAUGAGCAGGCUGCUUCUGCAGCAUCCCCGGGAGCCACUGCCCUAGAUGUACCAGCUGGGAAGCCUGAAGCAAGUGGUCCCCAGGAACUAAACGCAGGCCUCAGUAUGGGUGGAGCGUCACCAGGGCAGGGCCCUCCUGAGCACACGGAAGAGCUUCUGAGGGAUGUGCAGGAGAAUGCCCAGGGGCAGCAACACUUGAGCAAGAGAGACACUGAAGCCUUAUUGCUGCCUGAGGUGAACCACCUCCAAGGCCCUUUAGCGCCCAGGCGAGGCGGCCACAGCCCCAAGCAGCUAGCCAGUAUACUCGAAGGAGAGCCAGAGGCCCUAGCUAUACAGGGCCGACGCCAGUGGCUCCAGGUUCUGGGAGGAGGAGUUUCCUUCCUGGACAUUAGCCUCUGUGUGGGGCUCUACUCUGUGUCCUUCAUGGGCUUGCUGGCCAUGUAUACCUACUUCCGGGCCAGGAUGAGAACCCCCAAGGGCCAUGUUAGUUACCCCACAGCCUGAACUGCCCAGCAAAGGACCGAGAAGGAGCUGCUGUCUAUGGGGUGUUUUGUUUUUUGCCCACUGGCCCCCUUGCUGCCUUUCUACCCCCUGUCCCAUUGUCUGGCUUAGGAGAGUGGGAAGUCCAAGAAAGUGAGUUGUUGCAGUGAACCCUGGCGUCUACUGUGAGGAUUCCAUAGACAAAACAGAAACAGGGUGCUGGUCUGGCCUGGCCAGCAUGGGGUAGGAGCAGCCUAAUGCAGGGCUCACAGGGCUCGCAGGGCUCCGGGCUUCUGGGAGGCUCAGCACCAAAUUCUGUUUUUCAGCUUUUGUGAAGCCCUGCCCCAUUCCUGCUGAAGUCUCAGUGUCUCCUGCUUGGCCUUGGCCUUGAACUGAGGCAAACAAGUCCAGAGUUUCCAAGGUUUCUCAUCCAGAGGAGAGUAUCGGGGCGGGGUGGGCAGGGGUGGACCUCCUCACGCCUUCUGAGGUUGUCCACUUCCCUCCCUCUCAACAUGAAGAAAACCGCAUCCCUUCCGGCCUUCUCUGGCCUACCCAGCUCCAGCACCUCAGCUGUGGUGGGGUCUGGGAGCCUCAGGAAAUGACUCUGGUCACCCAGGCUCACAGUGGGGUUUCUGCUGCAAGAGUGUAGCUCGAGGUGGUGUGGUUUGGCAGGCUGGAGGGGGACAGUUGCCGGACUGUGGGUGCAGCGCUUGCUUGGUGGUAGGGGAAAGGGGGUGGGUGAUGCUGGGGUCUGGAGUGCCUUAGUCCUGAGCUACCUGUGAGAGGGCAGACUCCUCUCUGGGCUGGAUGCUUGUCUCUUACUUUGGUCUCUAAAAUCAAUGCUAACUGGGGGGUGUGGAAGGUGCUAGGUUGAGAGCAGUAAGCAGAAUGUCCCUCUCUCCUGGCUGGUUCCACGGCUGGCAGGAGGGGGUGGAGAGACCGGCUCACGUGCUUCAUUCCCACCAGUUCCUACUGCUUGGGAGGGAUGUGGAAUAAAAUUAUUUUUGUUAAGUCUC